AAGCAGACCUGCGCGUUUAUCAGCAGCCAAAACCUGAAAUACAAGAAUGGGAGGAGGGAGAAGCGCAGACAGCAGAGCGCUGCCUUCCAAAGUUCACCUGUACACACACCUGCGGGUGAGCACUCCUUCAGCCUGAGCUCAUCAGAGAUGGAACAGCGGACGAAGACGGCGGACGGCCUGAUGUGCUCUCCAACCUAGCAGAGCGGAGAAGGACAGAAAAAGCAGAAAAAGAUGUGAUUUUGAUCUGGUAUCGCUGUGAUCUUUCAAGGUUGCUGUGAUUGUCUGUUUGGAUUACUGAACUUGGCUCCUUGUGUGGAGGAUCAUAAUCUAGAACGCUGGAUUUUCCUGUCUCUCAGAUGCCUCUCGGUCUGGAUAUGUGGCCUCUGGUCCUCCUGCUCCUCUGCUGCUCUGGUUACUGGUGUCACGACUGCUAACAUGACAAGGCUUUAUUUUGCAUCCCGCAAUUUUUACAGCAUGCUCUCUUGGGAUGAAGUGGACAUCCCUGGUCAGAAUGUCCUGUACAGCGUGGAGUAUAAGCAAUAUGGAGAAUCGUGGCGUCCGAUGGUGAAAUGCCAGAACAUCUCCACAACUUCCUGUGACUUCAGCUCCAUUAUAACUGAUAUUUACAUGGAACAUUACGCCAGGAUUAUGAUCAACAGCAUGUGCUUUGAGAACUCUAAGCCCUUCAUUCCUAUACAACUAACCACUCUUGGAGCUCCAGAGGUGUCCGUUAGCACUGCUGAAUCCUCUUUCACUGUGACAGUCACCACUCCCAUGGGACCUCAGAACAGAUCGGUUAAGGAGAUCAGCCGUGACGGCUCUGGACAACUACACGUUAACUACGAGGUCCGCCUCACACACCCAGCAUCCAAAGCUGGACAGAAGGGGAUACGAAACACAUCUGGCGUGAUCACUCUAAGCAAUCUGGAGGUAAACACAGAGUACUGCGGCACUGUGUUCUUCCUGUGGACCCAUCCGUCCAAUCUGAAGCAGAGUGAGAGCACCACCUUCUGUGUGACUAUCCCAGUGAAGCCCUGGAUGCACAUGUUCAUCAUGCCUGGUUUAAUAGCUCUUUUCCUCCUGAUCACCCUGGCCUUGGUCUCAUGCCAGCUGUAUGUUACGAGGAAGAGUCGUCUGCCUAAAGUGCUGAUCAUGCCAAAGAUUAGCAAUCCUCCGUGUUAUUCGGAUCCUAAAGUGAAGCUAGACGACGUAAGGAUAUGCUCGGAAUCUCCAUGGAAAUUUGACAAGCCUGAGUCAGGCUUGUGUCCUGUUAUGGAGGAGUCAAAAGAUGUAAAUGAAGGGGGCAGUUACGCCGCCCAGGACUGUCAAGACCUUCCUUGGCGAUGUAAUUCUUACACCAAUCAACAGGUGGCGCCGGUCGAAAACUGCAGCCAAAGCAAUGACUCCGCAACCAGCUACAGUAUGGUGCUGACUUCCAUGGUCCCUGAAGAUCCGGAGGAGUCGCCCGACUCUGCUAUCGAAAGCAACGACCUUCCAGGAACGACGCCCUGCGCUGGAGAUUGUAUUGACCUGUGGAACCAACGGCCAGCCCAAGGCCUGGACGAGAAGGACCCAGACUCCAAUAGCAAGGCUUUAGUGCUGCCAGUGUCACGUGUUGCCAAUGGAAAACUUGAAUUCUCUCAGUUAACGUUCCUGCCUGAGCUUCUGAGUCCUUCAGGAUUAUUGGCCAACGGCUCAGAAAUCACACCCCUCAUAACAGGAUUGACCCCAGCUGGAGAAAGGACUCCUUUGCUGACUGAUCUCGUCACCAUGGACGAGACGGAAAGGUCGAACGGUGGAUUAGCUUCCAACUAUGGAAGAGCCUACUUCCCAAAUUACGUCCAGCAGAACAUUCCGGGGGUACCCUCCACUGACACCAUUCCUUCAAUGUCAUUAUCUGACUGUGCCUCAAGCUACAGGCAGAACUGGGUCCCGGGAAUACCCCUAGAGUCUCAGUUCAAUGACAGGGAAACUGAGCAGUUGACUGAAUCAGAGGAAGAAGAGGAGGUAAAGGAACCACUGUCAAAGUUGGGGGCCAUCUUUUUGGAUGGAUUGGUGGUUCAAAUCCAAGGACAGUGUCUUUUUCCGAAAGCAAGUCCGUAGAUAACUGUGGGAAUGUUAAUGCUCACACAUGCUAAUGUUGCUGAAUGAACACUAUCAGGGGUCAGUUAACAUUAUGCUAAUGAGUUUGUGCAAAGGGCUCCCCUAGCUUAGCAUGUUCUCAAAGUGCCACAACUGUGAUACAAAUG